AACGCGUACAAAUGUAAUUUGUUUAGCUAGGCGGAAUUAUACAGACAAUUUAAAUGUAAAGGACAUCUAGAAACUACGUCACAAGGUGAUCAGGAACGCCAUGCAUGCGGAAGCAGAAGACAUACAAAGAAUACGGUAAAACGCAUCAUGGAUUUAGAUGUCUUUUACUAUGGUCAAGAAACAGUGGUUUAUAAUACAUUUAAUAUGUGUUAUAACGAUAUCAACAUCAGCAAAGUCCAUAGGUGAUGUUAAGGAAUUUAAUAUCAACAGCUUGACAGAGAAGGAAAAUGCUAAAGAACACCAUGAUUCAACAAAAGACAUACUAGAACAAGCAAAAACAGGGAACAUUAAAAACAAAGAAUCAUUAGAAAAAGAGGAAAAUAAAGAAAAUAGCAAUAUACAAACAGUAGAUUCUAUGUACACAGAAUCUGAUCUGGAAGAGGUCUCCAAAGAUCUUGAUGCUCAUGCCACAAAAGACAGGGAAACAAACAGUAAUAACAAAGAAACUGGACUUGAUGAUGAACAAUUAUUAGAUAUAUAUACAGAAUCAGAUCUCGAUGAAACAAAAUCCCAAGAUGAAGUAAAGCGUAAAGACGAUAAAAAGUCCGCUUCCUCAUAUUUAUAUGUACCACACCGUGCAAAACGUAAUGCAGUUGGAUUUCAGGGAGAGAACGAAGAUGGUUCUGGAGACGGUUCAGGAGAAGGAUCAGGAGAUAACCCAACAGCAAUAUAAACUACCUACUCAUCUUUUGUAUUAUAGUGAAAAACUAGGUUUGGUAAACGAAUUUAAAAUUGAAGACUCGAACAAUGGCACAGAUACGAAUGAAACAGAACAUCAUAACUUGACAAAGCCUAACCUGUCAUCAAAGAUAAUAAAUAAAAAGCAAAGAACAACUUCGAAUGAAACAAAAACGAAAACAAAUCUAACAGAAAAUGGCGCACUUUUAUACGACUCUUCUAUGUAUACAGAAUCUGAUUUAGAAGAAACAAAGUCCACUGAUACCAGUGAAUUGGAUGGCCCUGAUACUAAAGAAAAGGAAGCAAAUAACACAAAAGAAAAACAUAAAAGAAAGCAAGAAAACAAAAAAGAAGAAAUAUCGUCAGUUUACACAGAAUCUGAUCUGGAAGCAACAGCAUCUCAAGAUGAGAAAAAGAACAGUGGCAAUCAAGAAAAAGACAAAAGGUCCGCAGGAUCAUAUUUAGUUGUACUGCACAAGAGAGACAUAAAUCAUGCUGAACAAGAAGAGGGAUCAGGUGAAGGUUCUGGACAAGAACCAGAUAAUACGCUUUAGUCAUAAUAAAACAAUCAACAUUACUGGCAUUUAUAUUCGUCUUUAAAAUAUAAAUGCAGAAUACUAUUUAAUCUUUGACCCUUUCAAAUUUAUAUUGAAGGACUCAAACAAGUCUUAAGCAAAUGCUACAUAUGUUUAAAUUUGAUGAUUUAUUUUUUGAAGAUAUCUUAAAUUGAUCGUAAUAUACAGGCAAACUCAAGUUAGUUUAAGUUGUAUCAUUCCAUUUUUUUCAAAGGUAAUUGUUCAAUUGUAAUAAUAACGUUGAACUAUUUUAGUAUGAAUUAAGUGUUACAUAUUUUAAGGCCCAGGGUAUUCAUAAAGCAUCUUAAAUAUAAGUAUAAGAAAUUGAUUAUUUACUUAAGCAUUACUUAGGUAAAAAAUUUAUUUUACUUAAGUAUAUUUGUUAUUCAUAAAACAAUUUAAUAAGUAAUUCUUGGCUUUUAUUGAGGAUGAAAACAUUUUAAAAAAAACAACAUUAAUUUCAGACAGAUACAACAUGCACAAUUAUGUUUAAAGUGCUUUUAUCUGAAAAACAACACUUUAAUCGUACUCACGACGGCAUUUUGUUUUCUGACUUAAGUCAUUUCUUACGUAUCUUAAGUUUAAGCUGUUUUAAACAUCGUGGAAAAGAUGGGCAUCGGUGUUUAAAGUAAGUUAGCAUUUCUCGAUGAAAAAUACGCAUCAGUAUUAGAUACAUGAUGAAAUGUUUAAGCAAGAGCCCUUAACUAUUUAAAUUCGCUUAAAUUCUCAUCCUAUGUCACAGGUUAUAGGGUACACAAUCAUAGAAUGUUUUGUAAAACUGACCAUUGUCCUACUCCCACGCUUAUUAUUAUGCAAUAAACAUCUGCCUGCAUAUGUUAAUCACUGGCUUAUAGAGUUGAACCAUGGUCAGCUUCAAUUGUUGUUGUUAAUUGUUUUGUUAUUUAUUUUGUAUUUGUUAUGGUAAGUUUAGCGUUGAACAAAAUAGGCUUAACAGUUUUAAGAAAAAAAAUCUUACAUCAGAAGAUAUCAGAAACAUCAAAAGAGUCUAGUUGAAAUACAUUUCCUGAGAUAUAUUUUUAUACCGAAAAUAUGUAACUAAUCACGUAAAGAAAGAUAUAUUUUAUUUAUUAUUUGCAAGCUUAUCCUGUUGUCCGCUAUUCUUCACCACACAUAAUACACAUUUAGCUUUUGAGCCUCGAGAUAAAGAGACGCUGUGCCUGACCCCUUAUCCAGUGCUUAAGAGUUACCUAGUUAGUGGUAUACUUAAUUAACGGUCCAUGUGUCCAUUAUCUAGGGCACAAGUACUGGUUUUCGAACCCAGGAAAAAACAAACUAACGAAUGUCAUUCCAAACAAUGCAUUUUUCGUAACCACGCAACUAUCCAAAGCAAUGAUCACAACCAUUGUAGGUAGUGUCUGCCUUUUAGAAUGCAUGUCUUAUGCUUUGGACAGGACGCCAUUUCAAAUCAUUUGUUGCAUUUCCUUUCAAAUGUGUCUUGUGUGAGCAAUCAAUGAAACACUUAAACAUUUAAAGAUAUCAAAAACGAUACUAAAAGUUGUUGUAAGAGUUAGAUGUUAAGUACUUUAAAGUUUUGAUCUGCAGGCAAAGUUACUAUCAGAAAGUUAGAAUAUUGUCUUUUAAUGUAUGAAGUGAAAGUGGUAUCGUAGCAAUACUUCUGUUAUUCUGGAUUGAUGAAGGCUGUAUUGUAGGCAGGCUAAGGCAACUCACGUCGAAAGAAAUGACCGUGUGGUUGCUUAUCUCAGACAAAAUAAGCUGGUGCCUGCGACAAUAUUCGAUUUAAAGUGCUUUGUUUAAAAAGUAUAAAAUGUGAUAUGAUUUAAGCGCUUUUUAUUAGCUAAUUUUGAUAAGUAAUCUAGUAUUUGCAUGCAGCACUGAAAUGCUUUUAAUAUUUUUCUCAGUAUUUAAAUAUUUUACAGUGUCAAAUCAAUAUUAUAGUUUUAACCCCAGACAUGGUAAGGUAUUUGUAAGUGAAAUUACAGGCUCUAUAGAUCGAUAGUCAUCCAGAAAUAAAUUUAAUUCGUGGAAAACAUUUAUUGAUAGUCACGCGAAAGAGAAAAAAAUACUAGCAUUUUAAUAGAAGACACAUACUGCCAAUUCCAUCAUUUGAUUAAUCAAAGUCACAUUUAGAAAGGUUAAUUUACAUGUAUAUCCACUAAUCAUGUAAACACUUGCGAUCAUAUACUCAACUUGCAAUAAAUGUAGGUGUAAGUUAAACAACUAGCUAUGAUGCUAAGUCUAUUUUAAGGAGGAGGACAAUGAAUCGGACAGAUCUUAAUUAUUCGUCCCCUCUAAAUGUUAGGUUUGAUAUGCCCAGCGUGAUACCAUUUGCACGCAGAAUCCCAUCGUUUUCUUUAUAUCUACUUCGAGUACCGGUGGCAUGGAAACUUUGAUUCUUUUUCAGAUAAUACAAAAUAAAGUAAAUCAACAAAAUGAUAAAAAAAGAUCUUCGCAAAAAUAUCAGCGGUGACGAAAAGGAAAUUAUGUUAAACGACGAACAGUUUUCUUGUACAAUAAUACUUUUCAAACGUUUGCUUUAUAAAAUGGUCUGUGUGUUGUUACUUUAUUACAUAUACCUACAUUUACAAUUAAGGUAAUAUAUAACUGUUACUUCUCGCAGUAACUGGUGAAAGUAUAUUCACAAUGCUCCCCUUCCCACGAAAACUGGAUUUAGCUAAUCUUUGAUCUGUCAGGACUAUUUGUUAAAGUAUUAACUGACUGAUCAAAAAAUGACAAUUUGUUGCUUCAGCUCAAAAAUUCCGGAAAUUGAUUGAAUUAAAAAAACACCGGUCGUAACCUCACAUCCUCUUUCUAAAUUCAGGUUUGGUUAGUUCUGCCCAUUGUUUUCUCGUUUAGGGUAAGCACAUUAUUUUAACUGGGGACGAAACGCCGAUUUUCAUGAAAGUACACACAAGUGUAUCCUAAAGGUUUAAUGUGCACCGCCGUAAGAACACAUCUACGGAUGUCUCUGAAUUGUUUUUGGUAAUUGUAGCAUGUAUAAAUGUUGAGUUCUGGCUAACCCGGGGCUAGAGAGCGUGGACGAUAGCAUACAUUUUCCACUACCGUUCAUGACCAGGCUCAAUCAAACCGAGCCUGCAGCAUUUUAUUUUUGUCGUGUUAAGCAAACUGUGGAGUUUCCACUCUCUCCUUUUUGCCAUUGACAAUGCUUUUUGUUUUAAUUACAUUUCGUCCUUCAAUUAGGGCGCAACGGUAUUAUGAUUAUGCAUGUACUGAAAACCAAAACCAAAACAACAAAAAAACGAAAUGCUUACAUUGUGUUAGAACGUAAGCAUUCAGCAGAAAUAAAAAAAAAAAGAUUAUUGAUUUACAUAUAAAACGUUAAGGGAAGUGCAACAUAUGUCGGUAUUGUAUACAACAAUGUAUAUGUUAUAACAUUAAACAUCUCUCAUGAAGCAUUAAAUACAUGAUGAAAAACAAACAAUAAAAAUAAAUUAGGAAACAUA